ACAUUUCCAUGUGAUUAGAUUAACAAACAAACACCUUUGGCUAUCUCUCUCUCAUUCAUUCAGCGAGAAAUUUCACUCUCUCCUUUUCUAACAGAUCUUUUCUGAUUCCGUUGUAACUAACCAAAACCAGAAUCAGUAGCAGCAUCAAUCAGAAAUGGCAGCAGAAACACCAAAGAAUGUUGGAAUUCUCGCUCUUGAUAUCUAUUUCCCUCCUAAUGCUGUUCAACAGGAAGCAUUGGAGGCUCAUGAUGGUGCCAGUAAAGGGAAAUAUACAAUUGGACUUGGACAAGAUUGCAUGUCAUUUUGUUCAGAUGUAGAAGAUGUCAUUUCAAUGAGUUUGACAGUGGUUUCUACCCUUCUUGAGAAGUAUGGGAUCGAUCCUAAACAAAUUGGUCGUCUUGAAGUAGGCAGUGAGACUGUGAUUGACAAAAGCAAAUCCAUCAAGACAUUCUUGAUGCAGAUCUUUGAGAAACAUGGAAAUACUGACAUUGAAGGUGUUGAUUCAACUAAUGCAUGCUAUGGAGGAACUGCCGCUUUGUUCAACUGUGUCAACUGGGUGGAGAGCAAUUCAUGGGAUGGACGAUAUGGACUUGUUGUCUGUACCGACAGUGCAGUCUAUGCUGAAGGUCCUGCUCGACCUACCGGAGGAGCUGCUGCUAUUGCUAUGCUAAUUGGUCCUGAUGCUCCUAUUGCUUUUGAAAGCAAAUUGAGGGGAAGUCAUAUGUCCCAUGUUUAUGAUUUUUACAAACCUGACCUUGCUAGUGAAUAUCCGGUUGUCGACGGAAAGCUUUCACAAACAUGUUACCUCAUGGCUCUUGAUACUUGCUAUAAAAAUUUCUGUCAAAAAUAUGAGAAACACGAGGGAAAACCAUUUGCUCUUUCUGAUGCGGAUUACUUUGUAUUCCACUCUCCUUAUAACAAGCUUGUGCAAAAAAGUUUUGCUCGUUUGGUCUUCAGUGACUUCUUGAGGAAUCCCAGGUUCUCAUCAUUUAUUCAUCCUCUGGAAAACUUUAUAAUUUUCAUUCUAUCAAUGCAUGGGUGUUUAAAAAUUGAUUAUGAUUGCAGCUCUAAGGAUGAGGUUACCAAAGAAAAGCUAGGACCUUUUGCAACUUUAUCGGAUGACGAGAGCUACCAAAGCCGGGAUCUUGAAAAGGCAUCCCAGCAAGUUGCAAAGCCUCUAUACGAUGAGAAGGUACAACCAUCUACUUUGAUACCAAAGCAAGUUGGCAACAUGUACACCGCGUCCAUCUAUGCAGCAUUUGCAUCCCUUAUUCACAACAAACAUAGCUCAUUGGAAGGGAAGAGGGUGAUAUUAUUCUCAUACGGAAGUGGCUUGACUUCCACAAUGUUUUCCUUGCAAUUAUGUGAAACUAAACAUCCGUUUAGCUUGUCCAACAUUGCCCAAGUGAUGGAUGUUGCUGAAAAGUUGAAGUCAAGGCAAGAGUUCCCCCCAGAGAAGUUUAUUGAAACACUGAAGCUAAUGGAACAUAGGUAUGGUGCCAAGGAUUAUGUAACAAGCAAGGACAGUAGCCUUUUAGCUCCAGGCACAUUCUAUCUCACCGAAGUUGAUACCAUGUAUCGUAGAUUCUAUGCAACGAAAUCUAGUGAAAGCAAUUCGACUCAUGCAGUCAACGGUGUGAUUUCCAAUGGUCAUUGAUGGUUAGCAUAUAUGCAACAAACAAUAAAUGGAAUUAAGCUUGAAGGGUUGGUCUUGUUUGCAUUAGUUUUGUAAGGGAAAUCAAAUGUUUUCUGUAGUUGCAAUUGUUGUCAGUUCAAAUAUUGUAUUUUACCCUUUAAAAUGUUACUUUCAAGUCAAAAUUUUAUUUUUUUAGGUUA